AUGAGUCUUUUUCUUCGCCCUCUCAUUGAUGAACUGCUUAAUCUCGAACGGGGAGAACAUUUUGACUUUCAUGGCCAAGACAAUAAUGCUGUUACAGCACGCGUUUUCCUCAUUGGUGCUUGCUGCGAUAAACCUGCGCAGGCGCUUCUGCAGUUUUUACCAGAGCCAACUGCAGCUUUUGGGUGCGGGAGAUGCGAAGUGAAAGGAUUUAUGGUAAAGACAGCUAAGGAUGGUAAUGAGCGAAGCUUUGCAACGACGUGUGCUGAUUUGACGGAAAUUCAAAGAUGUUCAAACAUGAGGUUCGACGUGCUACUGGAUAUAAAACUGCUGCAUGAUCAGCUACGUCAAUCAUUGCUAGGACGAAUAGACAAAUCAUUGAUGAUGCAACACAAAAUAGAAGAGAAGGGUAUAACUGGACCUUGUAUUUUUAGAGAAUUAGCGUACUUUGAUGUUGGGAAUGGAUUUAUGGCUGAUAGUCUACAUAAUGUAUAUAUUGGGGCAUUUGUACGUUGUGUUGCAUCAUUGCCGAAAUGA